CUCAAGAAAGAACCACAUAACUCUAAUUAAUAUCCCAAUUUUCUCUUAAUCACAUAUGGCUUGCUUCUUGAUUAACCAAUUUCAUUAUUAAUUAAUUUAACUCUCCAUGGCCUCUUUCCAAGUUGAGAUUGUCCCAUUCUUCCAAAACAAUCUUAACAACUUGGAACUAGGCGAUCUUUGGGUUCACCAACCACAAUGGGAAAGCGCUGCUACCGCGUCCGAUGCCACACCCCCGUGUAGCACCAGCAACAGCAGCAACAACAACGACAACAACAAUAAUAAUAAUGAGAGCACGUAUGAGUGCUCAAACAAACAAUGCAGGGAUAGAUGGGCUGCGCGGGAGAUCGUAUUUCCCGCUGAAUCUGACACCAGUGCCGGCGCGAGCCCCGCUCUUCCGGGAAACCCGAACGCGGGGGGCGUGUCGUCCCUGGUCCAGAAAUGGAGGGGGUACGAGCGGGGUGCGCCGCCCCCGCCUCCCCUCCCUCCCAGUGGCCCAGUCGCGAUGGACGGCGACUCCAUCAUCAGCGACUGGGAGUCCGAUCGGACAGUUCCGAGCGGCAGGUCAUCCAUCCGCAGCCGGAUGUCGGACGUCACUGAGAACGACAGGCUGAGGGUGUCCGACAUCAUCAGGAGGCUGACACCCAACGAAGCCUGCUGCGCCUCUCCUCCCCGGACUCGGGCGUCGCUCGAUCACGCCGACCCUAGGCCUACGGCCGCGCCCGCGCUACGCAUCUGGGGCCGACAGGCCUACCUCGACCUCCUCGCGCGGAGGGAGAGGGAUCGGCGCAGGGAGAUAAACGUGGUCCAUGCUCGUAAAUACGUCUCCAAAUUCCCUCAUUGCGGCCGCAUUCAGGCUGUGCUAAAGCUUAGGUUGCUGCGACGUGGCAUGGAAGGCAUUCCCAUUGAUCCACAAAUACCUAAGCCAAGAGUGAACCAAAAGGGCCAAAGCACUACAACAGUGCAUUUCGAAAAAGAGGCAAAAGACAAGACAACAGACGAUGAAGCAAGAAAACAAGACAAAAGGUGUAAUAAUAACGGGAAGAGUUGUCUGAGAGCACAACAAGACAUCAUCCACUACGAAGAAACCACAUACACCAAACAAGAAACUAGGGUUAACACACGUGAAGAAACAUCCAAAUCCAAAGAGAGCAAUAAGCAAGACGACGACAACGAUGAUGGCGGUGGUGAUGAUCAAGCAGUAUCCAUCACCUGCAGUAGCCAGCUGCCGAUGGUGGACACUGAGGCCGACUGGCUGGCCGAUAUCGCCCAUCCUGAAGGGGGAUGGGAGGAAUCCCAGAUGGGAGAAGAGAUCAACACGGAUUGGAUCGAACAAGUGUCGCGCCCGCGCAGCGACUGGGAGUGUCUGAGGCAGGAGAGGUAUCAAGAGAUGCUUGAUCCGUUUGCAGAGAAAGAAGAGAUUCGUUCACUCCUAUGCAGGAAGAGUGUGUCGAAUUUCCUAACGAGUGAGCUGAAGGACAAGAUUGAUCAGCUCAUGAUAUGUCGUAGUCAGGGAGAUCAAAGACAAAACAAUAAAGUGUUCAAGGAAGGAGGAGGAGGAGGAGUUCAUCAAGCAGCAAAAUAUUUUGAUGAAUAUGAUAAAGAAGGUGAGAGGCAACAGUUUGGUGAAUGUCAAGAAUAUGUGGGUGCUUCUGCAGCCACGCCUCAUGCUGAUCAUAAUGAGAGUGAUAAGCACAAGUGUGAAGAGCCAAGUGAGUGCUCUUAUCAAGUUGCAUCUCCCUCCACACCAUAUGCUGAGAAUGAGAAGCAUAAGUGUCAAGAGCCGAGUGAGUGCUCUUCUCAGGCUGUCUCUCCCUCCACACCGCAUUCUUCGACGAACUAUUGCUCUCAGGACAUGACCGGUCGGACCUCCACCUACACUGCUCAUCCAACAUUUGAAAUGGAGAUCAUAUAUGACUUGAGAAGGCAUAUGGAGCAGCUCCACCAAGAGAUAUCCGAGCUGAGAAAAUCGAUGAAAAGCUGCACCGAUAUGCAGGUCAAAAUGCACCGCUCCAUCAAGAAGGAAGUUACGGCCGCUAUCACUCAUUCCGAUGCAAAGAACGGACGACGACAUCAAGUGAAACGAGGCGCCAGCAACGGAACAAGAUGCUGCCUCUGCUGCAAAGUGCAAGUCGACUGCGUGCUGUACCGGUGCGGACACAUGUGCACCUGCUUCGACUGCGCGAACCAGCUCCACUGGAGCGGCCGCGGAUGCCCCGUGUGCAGUGCUCAGAUACUCGACGUCGUCCGCACGCAGUCCAAUUUUUGAAAUCUCUUCAAUCACUAUACAUAUAUACAUACAAACAAGUAACAAACACACCCUUUUUAUAUAUGUGAUGGAUCAUCAUCUUCAUCAUCGUUAUAUUCAAUUAUUAACAUCUAAUUCCGUUGUAAUCUUGCCUAGCUCACCUCCACCGAUUCGAUCUAUUUUGUUUGGUGGUGGAUUUUAGUAUAUACAGACGAAUUUAUAACAAAUGUACAUAAGGAUAUUAUAUAUAUACAUACAUAUAUGGUGGCCGGAUUGGU